AUGCCGUACUACUUUGCUGCCAUCUCGUGGCUGAAAAUUAUAUAUGACCGACAUGCAAGUCUUUUCUUGGAUGGCCUUGAGGAGGAUGGGACACCAUUUGACACGAAAAUUCUGACCAAUCCACUCUCCGAUAUCAGCGAAUCUGGUGCCAUGUGGGUGGGACUCAGCUCCAAUGGGUCUAAUCAGUUCAUUGGGCGGAUGCAGGACUUUAGAUUUUAUCCCGCCUCUUUGACCAACAGAGAAAUAGUUGAGUUGUACUCAGGAGUUCUGCCUAAGCUUCACGUCCAGUCUGACUGCCGCUGUCCGCCCAGCCAUCCGAGAGUCCAUCCUUUAAUUGAAAGAUAUUGCAUUCCUAAUGCGGUUGAAGACACCACUAAUGACAGAGUUUUAAGACUAAACCUUCACACCCAUCCACUCAGUUACAUCAAUGAUCAGGACAUGGGUACCACGUGGCAAUCUAAGGCCAUGACUGCACAAGAACUGGAAGAAGGAGUCACAGUUACAGUGGAAUUGGCUAAUGGACAAUACCAGGUUUUCUACGUUAUAGUUCAGUUUGGGGGUCUUUUACCUGAUUCAGUGUUGAUCCAAAGGAGGAGGCUCGUCUUCUCAGAACCUGAAAGCACCAUGAACAUAGAACAGUCCUGGUUGGACUGGCAAUAUAUGGCCAGAAACUGCAAUGUGUUUGAUAUGAAGAACAACGGACCAUUACCAAGACCAGACUCGGUGAAUUGUCUGCAGUUGCCCAGCAACCAGCCCUUUUCAGGAGGUAACAUCACCUUCAGUCUGCUGUCCCCACAUCCAAUUCAGAGGCCGGGAUAUAAUGACUUCUACAAAACUCCAUCCUUGCAAGAGAUGGUGCAAGCUACCCAAGUUCGAAUACAUAUGAGAGGACAGUACCGCCCAAAGGCAAACAGGGUUAAUCAGCUACACAGAUACUUUGCUGUAAAAGAGAUCACAAUCGGUGGCAGAUGCGAGUGUCAUGGCCAUGCAGACCAUUGCGACACCAGUGUGACACCGUACCGCUGUUUGUGUCUACCAGAAAGCCACACAGUAGGAAGCAAUUGUCAGCGUUGUGAACCCCUCUACAAUGACAAACCAUUCAGGUCAGGUGAUCAGCUCCAACCAAUGAACUGCCGACCUUGUCAGUGUCACGGCCACGCCUUCUCUUGUCAUUAUGACAUCCUAUCUGAUGACCAACCAGAUGAGCACUAUCAAGGAGGAGGAGGAGUCUGUGACUACUGCAUGCACAACACCACAGGAAAGAACUGUGAGCUGUGUACAAGUGGCUUCUUCAGGCUGGAGGACUUUGAUCCAACUUUAGUUGAUGUGUGUCAACCCUGUAAUUGCCACACUGCUGGAACAGUCGAUGGCAGCACAGUGUGCAACCAGGUUGGAGGUCUGUCAUGUGACCGCUGUGAGUUUGGUUAUUGGAACCUUUCCCACCCAGACGGCUGCAUCCCAUGUGACUGUGACCUCUUAGGUUCUCUCAGCUCAUUCUGUGAGCCUGAGGGGGGCCAGUGUGAGUGUAAGCCCGGGGUGGGGGGCCGACAAUGCCAGCCUUGUGCAUGUGAUCCAGUGGGUAGUGCCAGUGAUUUGUGUCAUCCAGACACAGGGGAAUGUGUGUGUAAGCUGCUGGUAACUGGAAACAAAUGUGAUUCUUGCCAGCCUGGAGCAAGUCAUCUUGAUCUUGAAAACCACUUUGGUUGCAGUAAAGGUUUCUACCUCUCUUCAGAUCACAGCAUGUGUUUGGAGUGUGACUGCCAUCCUAUGGGUGCAUUACAGCAUAGUUGUGAGAGCCAGACAGGAAAGUGUGUGUGUGCUCAUUUCUCAGUUCGAGGGCGACAGUGUGACCAGUGCCAUGAGAAGUAUUUUGGAUUUAACCCUGGUCUGGGCAAAUGCCAGCCUUGUGCAUGUGAUCCAGUGGGUAGUGCCAGUGAUUUGUGUCAUCCAGACACAGGGGAAUGUGUGUGUAAGCUGCUGGUAACUGGAAACAAAUGUGAUUCUUGCCAGCCUGGAGCAAGUCAUCUUGAUCUUGAAAACCACUUUGGUUGCAGUAAAGCUGUGGGUGUGGCCACUGCAAGGCUAGGACAGCAGCUGACUGGAGUUUCGAGCCCCGUCAGACGCACCAUCCUGGGCGCCAGGGCACCCUCUACUCGUCAGCAGUACGAAAACAGGUGGCGCCUAUUUUCCCAAUGGUGUUCGGAUCACAACAAGGAUCCAGUCUCCUGUACAAUACCCACCAUUCUGGAGUUUCUCCAGUCUCUACUUGGUCACACCCGCCGACAGCUCCACGAGCACCAGGUUGGGACCUUCCCUUGGUUCUCGAAGCUCUGUGCCGUCCUCCUUUCGAGCCUCUGUCGCAGGCGGACCUCAAGUGGCUUUCAUCGCCUCUCCCACUGGAUCGUGGACGUCAUCUGCCACGCCUAUGCUGCAGGGCCCGGCUCCCUCCCUGUCGGCUUGAAGGCUCACUCUACCAGGAGCGUCUCCGCUUCCUGGGCUGCCCUGAGAGGGGUUCCGCUGGAAGCAAUAUGUGCUGCUGCAUCAUGGGCUUCCCCAAGCACGUUCACCAGAUUUUAUAAAGUUAACGUGGCCACCCCUCAUCCCCUGGGCCAGUGCAAAUGGAAGGUCUUGGUCUCCUCUCCACGACUGUGCCUCGAAAUCCUGUCCAUGACCACCACAAACAGGAUCGAAGACAAGGGACAGCCCUGGCGGAGUCCAACCUGCACUGGGAAUGAGCUCACCUUUGUGCCCACACCAUCCCAGCAGCCUGCACCAUUAGCUUCUGCUCUUAGUUACUCCUCCAUCUAUCUCUCUUGGAAUCCACCUGAUUCCCCCAACUCGUAUAAACUCAACUACACGCUCAUCAGAGAUGGACAGUCAGUGCAUACUAUCCAUAGUCACUAUCCAUUCGGCCCUGAAUCAUUUGAGGACCACAAACUGUUUCCUUUUACCAACUACUCUUACUGGGUUUUAACAGCUAAUGUAGCUGGUGAGACAAUAAGUGCAUCAGCUUCAUACCAAACUCUAGGUGCACCACCUCCAGAAGACCAACUUUGUUUAAACCUCCUGGGACGACCGGGACCGACAAGUGCCAGCUUUAACUGGAGCACACCAAGAAAUGACACAGGACCAGUUGAGAGGUUUGCGUUAUCCUCCAUGGAGUCGUCUCCUGAAGCGGAGCCAGUCAUUCACUACACUGGUUUAUCUACAGAGGCUGUGGUUAGCAGUUUGAAGCCUUUUUCACAGUACACUGCCAUACUGGAGGCAUGCUCUUCUGGGGGUUGCACUUCUAGUGCACCAUUGUCUUUUCUGACAGCUGCUGCUCCGCCUCAAAACCAACCUCCUCCCCAAAUCAAUGCUACUGGACCUCAUACCCUGCAUGCUUCUUGGGAGCCCCCCAAGCAGCCAAAUGGAAUUAUCACAAGGUAUGACGUGUUUCUCCGUGGGCCAACGGAUUUUAAUAAUGAAAAGAAGGUGUUCAGCAGCUCUGGGUGGCUGGAUCCUGGAGAUGAUGCAGAAGGAAAGCAAGUCAACACUACACUGUCCCCUCCCAAGAACAGCACAGUUGUAAUGGGUCUGCAGGCGUUUUCAACCUACCAGCUGAGAGUUGUGAGCAUCAAUAGUGCAGGAAGUGUGUCAUCGGAGUGGACCACAGCUCGCACGCUGGAGGGAGUCCCAGAGUUUGUGGCACCUCCAGAUGUUUCUGCGUUGUCAUCCAGCAGUCUGAAAGUUACAUGGAACUCCACUGAGGGUCAAGGGUUCAUCGCACGAGGACAAGUCACUGAGUAUCGGGUUAACUUGCUCACGGAGCAGACCACCAAUCCCUACGCCCCUCCAGUUAUUAGUCAGAGGCUAGAGAGGACUGGACUGAAGGACAGCACAGAGGCACUAAUCAUGGCAGCACAAGAACAGACCAUCAGCACACUAGCAAUAGAGAUUGGGGUCUACCAAACCAGACAUCACCCAAGAUGCAAGCUGUGCAAAUAUGCCCCUGAGACAGGUCAAAAUAUAUUAGCAGGGUGUAAAAUCCAGGCAGGCAAAGCAUACAUGGAACACCAUGAACAAGCAGCUGGAAUAGUGUACAGAAACAUCUGUGCCAAGUAUGGACUGGAGGUCCCACAGUUGAAGUUGGAGACUCCACCAAAGGUGGUGGAGAAAGGCAGGACUAAGAUAUUGUGGGACUUCCAGAUCCAAACCGACAAGCAGGUGAUGGCUAACCAACUGGACAUUGUGGUAGUCGACAAAAGAGAAAAGAAGGGAGUGGUGAUCGAUGUAGCAAUCUCAAGUAACUGUAAUAUCAGGAAGAGCAGGAGACGCUGA